UGAUCUGGUUCCACAGAGCGGCCUGAGCUGCCGGGCGCAGGGUUCAGGUCUGUGGUCCACAGCGUGGUGGGAGGGAGGAUCUGGCCUGCUAUAUAAAGCGCGAUCUGGCAGAGGAAGUGUGAGACGCCUGACAGUAAGCUGUGGAAUCACUUGCGAAAGAUGAUGAGCACAGGUCUGUGGGUGUUGGUGGGGGUGUUGGCGGGGUUCGCGUCCUGCUCCAUCACAUGUCCUGACGGGAAUGUCUGCUCGGACCACACCACCUGCUGCAUGACUAAGCACGGCUAUAGCUGCUGUCCUUACCCAAAUGCUGUGUGCUGCUCAGACUUGGCCCACUGCUGUCCUUCCGGGUUUUCUUGUAACCUGGCCACCCAGAUGUGCGAGAAACAAAACCAGCCGUGGAUGAACAUACCCAUGGUGGGGAAGGAGGCUGCAGAGGAACCAAGCUCUCCCGUCCGAGCUGCAUCGACCCUUCAGGAGCCCGAAGACAACCACGUCCCGGACCAACAGAGGAGUUCAGUCGUCUAUUGUGACAGCUACACCUACUGUCCCGAUGGCACCACCUGCUGCAGGCACCCAAAAGGCGCCUGGUUCUGUUGCCCUUACUCUCCUGGCAGGUGUUGUCUGGAUGGCUUCCACUGUUGCCCGUUUGGCUACGACUGUGAUUACACUUACACGCACUGUGUGAGGCAGGGCCUGAGGUACCCUUUCACCCCCAAACGUGCUCUGACUUCAGUCCCUGCCACUCGCAUCUCUGCUCCACAGGACAAGGGCAUCCUGCAAGAGCAGAGGCCAAUGACAGCUCUAACAGAAGCCAGCAGCAACAUCCAAGAGGCUGGAGUAAUUCGCUGUGAUUCCAACUUUUUCUGCUCAGAAGGGAUGAGUUGCUGCAAAGGAUCCAGUGGCCAAUGGACCUGCUGUCCUUACAAACUGGGCCAGUGUUGUGCAGACGGCCAGCACUGCUGUGAUCAUGGAUAUAGCUGCGACUCCACCUCCCUGUCAUGCAAGAAGUAGUUUUUUCAGAUUCCCUCAGCACCACAGGAACAUGCCAAAACAGACUGAGGACAUGUUGUUAAGUUUGUGCCCUGUGACAGCUUCUUUAUUAUUUAGGUACAUAUUCAAAUCACAAUGCAUCACAGCAUCAAUAGAGAAAAUUACCACAAACUACUGAAUUGCAUUUCAGAUGAGUGAUACUAUAUGCUUUAUCUGUUCUCACAAGAGGAUGGGAUAUCAGCUUUCAGUUUGGUAACCAGCUUAGCAAAAUUUCCUCCAACAGUAUCCACUGCUUUUGUGUAGUAAAGAGUUGAGAGUGUUUUUUUUUUUGAGACAGAUUUUUUUUUACUGAUUUUUUCUGUAAUGAAACAGAAAACACUUGCAAACAUUGGAACAUUUUUAAAUAAACAAUAUAAAAAAUG